AUGAUCGCUACCGAGUUCAACGAAGGCCCAUUUAAGCUUAUUUGCGAUGAUCUUGGCCUCGCCAAUAUGAUCGUUAAAAGUUCUGAAGAUCUUACUAUCGUCGGGAUAGUAGAUCUAGAAUGGGUGUACGCGGGGCCAGCGCAACUAUUCUGCUCGGCGCCUUGGUGGCUCCUUUAUGAUCGGCCCAUCAAUGAAGAGUGGGAUUUCAAGAUGGGAAAGCCACCUGAGCUUAAUAACCGGUUUUUCAAGUGCCUUGAUAUGUUCGUCCGUAUUUUAGCUGAAGAAGAGUCAAAGACAUUAGGAAAUGAAGAAGUCUCCACUCUUGUUCAAUGGUCGAUGGACUCAGGGGCUAUGUGGCUCCAUAUGCUCCUCUCUUGUGGCUUUUUGGAUAUGUCCAAUUUUCCCUAUGCACAAUUACAGGGGAAAACAGGGCCUGAAAUAUUGGAUCAAGCGUUGAAAAAGCUUCGGGAUACUGCAGAAGUGAAGGACUUUAUCGAAAGGAAGAUGAACGACCUGUGUAAGUAUGACGAGGAUUUGGACAAAAUUGAAGAGUACAAUGCCGUUGGGAAAAUGACGCGGGAGGAAUUCGUUAUCUCUGUUCAGUCUCUUUUGAGACUUGACGAAUAG